AUGAAAUUCGAAGAACUAUUGGCAACUGAUAAACAAGUGCAAUUCGCUCAUGCGGCUACUCAACACUACAAAAGUAUCAAAACCCCAGAUUUUUUGGAGAAAGAUCCACAUCACAAGAAAUUUCACAAUACCGAAGUUUUGAAUCCACAAGGGUCUUCAGCUCCAUCUACUGCCGCCGAUGCAAAUCCGACCUCCACUUUCUCCAGUCACACCAAUAACUCAACAUUCAAAAGACACAUUGUUGCCGUAGAUGAUAUAUCGAAAAUGAACUAUGAAAUGAUAAAAAAUUCUCCAGGGAAUGUGGUAACCAACGCCAAUCAGGAUGAGAUUGAUAUAAGUACUCUCAAGACGAGGUUGUACAAAGAUAACCUCUACACUAUGAAUGACAAGUUUCUACAGGCUGUUAAUGAUCAAAUUGUAAUACUAAAUGAAGCGGAACAAGGUCAAGAGACUGAGGAUAUCGGUUUACCAGACGGUGAAAAAAUUGAUAUACUAACCAAAAUUCAAGAAAGCCUACUCGAAGAGUAUGAAACACUUUCACAGAAAGAAAGAAAAUGGUUUAUUUUGAAAGAACUACUACUGGAUGCCAAUGUAGAACUAGAUCUGUUUAGCAAUCGUGGUAGGAAGGCAGAUCACCCAAUCGCAUUCGGGGCAGUAGCCAUACCAACGAACGUUAAUGCAAAUUCCCUAGCAUUCAACAGAACGAAGAGAAGGAAAAUCAGUAAAAAUGGUCUGUCAGAGAACAUUUUGUAA